AUGCUCACUUGGCUACGGGAAAGCGGAUCCUUGUCUCCGGGUGGCGUCCGUCGCGGCGCUACAGGCGCCGUGGCUGGCGAUCGGCGUCAGGGUGCUGAAACGAACGAUCCGAAACCCCCGAUGGAGCGCACUAGUGGUGACUGGCGGAGCUUCGGCACAGGGUGCGGCACGGUGGGUGACUCGCGUGAUACCCGUACGCGUUGCGCGAUUCGGGUUCCCUGUUCGUCUGUCAGCGGUUGUAGACGGCCUGGGUGCAUCACGCGUGUACGCAACGUCAACAGGCGCAUGCAGGCAGCAGCAUCAAAGCGUCAUUGGCAAGAUGAAGCGGUCGCCAAGCCUCUUGGAAGACGCAGGGUUGAUGCAUCGAUUCGGUUUCCCGGAAUACUUGAACGCUACGGGUCAUCAAAUCAGGGAUUCCACACUAUAGACUGGCGUUUCAGCGCUAUGCUGGCUUUGGCCCAGUCUCCGUGCGUGGAGAAGAUGCUGAGUCUGAGGAGAUUUCAAGGGCAGAGCCCCGUCGCGAACAUCGUAUUCUUUAGAUUGAAUACCUGUCUCGCAGUCACUGGCAUAUCGAGUCAAGACGAAUCUAGCAGGUAUCCUGGCAAGCGUGGACCUCCACCGCGAAUAUCGUAUUUUUUAGAUAGGAUACCUGUCUCGCAGUCACUGGCAUAUCGAGUCAAGACGAAUCUAGCAGGUAUCCUGGCAAGCGUGGACCUCCACCGCGAAUAUCGUAUUUUUUAG